GGGGUUUUGCCAUGUUGCCCAGACUGGUCUCAAAUUCCUGAAUUGAAGUAAUCCACCUGCCUCGGCCUCCUAAAGUGCUGGGAUUACAGCACAUAAGCCACCGCCUCUACUUUAUACUUUCUUGUUGAAGUAGACUGUAUUACUGAUUCCCCACCCAUGCCCUCUUUUUGGAUAUCUGGCUCCUCCUCAAGUCUCUGGAAUGGGCAGCACUACAAAUCCAGGGACAACUAGGGAACUCCCACCCUCGCUGCUAGGCAGACCAGUCUGUGGCCUACGGUUUAAAUGGUUGGAAGAAGGAACUGAAAUUUGAGACUGGGGAGGGACGCAUGGGGUUCUAGGCAAGGGAGGCAUUAGGCCUGGAGCAAGGGACCAGGGGCCUGGGCAGGCCACAGAGCCCCACAGUGCCCUCACUACCCUAUUAAUGGGCCAGGAAUCCGGAAGCCAGCUACCAAAUGCCCUCAUGCCCAGGGUCUUCCUGCAGGUGGAGCUGAAGAGCCAAGAGGCUCAGAGCAGCGAGACCAGUACCUGGGUCACCUGCAGCAGUACGUGCUUAUCAGCAGCAGGUGGCCACUUAUCAGCAGCUGACCUCUGAGAAGGAGGUGCUGAACAGGCAGUUACUGCUGCAGACCCAGCUCCUGGACUAGCUGCAGCAGCGGGAAGCUCGGGGCAAAGCGGUGGCUAAGAUGGCCCGCCAAAAGUUGCAGGAGACCCAGGAGAAGGAGUUGCUGAGGGCAGGACCCUGAGAGGGACAACCUGGCAACCUCUGUGCCUUCUCACCCUCUUUCCUGGCCUCUUAGGAGCACCUGGAAGCUACCAGCCAGCAGAAACAGCAGUUAAAGCCCAGUUGAGCCUCAUGGCUCUCCCUGGGGAAGAGGAUAUGGAGGAGGACAUCUGGACAGUGAGGAAGAGGAGGCGCCUGGGCCCAUGCAGAACAUCCCAGAGGACCUGGAGAGCCUGGAGGUCAGGUGGCAUUUUUCAACUUCGCUGGAGCCAGUGUCCAGUAGGAGCAAAGGGUGUGCUGCCAGCCCCUGGCUCACCCAGUGGCCUCGUCCCAGCCAGAGGCAGCGGCCCAGCCCCAGGGACUGGGGGUGAGUCUGUGUGUGGGGAGACCCACCAGCCCUGCAAGGGGCCUUGGAGAAGCUGCAGGAAAGUACAUCACCCCAGAUGGGAGCUAGGGGGCAGUGCCAAAGAUGCGGCACUGGGAGAGGAGGACAUCAUCAGGCUGGCCCAGGACCAGGAGGAGACGAAGGUGAACCUGCUGGAGCUGCAGGGACAGGUGUUGUGGCUUGUGAGCGACCACAACGAGGGGCACGACAAAUUCCUGACCACUGCCCAGAGUCCUGCUGAUGAGCCCGCUCUAGGACCCCCCAUCCCCCAGGAGCUUGGGAGUGCUGACAAGCAGGGUGAUCCCCUCCUCCCUCUGUCUGAAGAUCUUUGGGAGGUGAGCCUCACUGACAGCGUGGAGCCUGCACCAGGAGAGGCCAGAGAGGGUUCUCCCCACGACAGCCCCACUGCACAGCAUAUCGUGCAGCUGCUUCCUCUAACGCAGGACUCUCCAGGAGCACCGAGGUUUGGGCAGCAACCCCUGCAUGCCAUUCUUCUCACGGUGCUGAGAUCAGGGAGAUAAACAUCAUCAUCAUCUAAGAGCUGGUCAAGAAAUUUAAAAACAAACAAACAAAAAAAGUUUAGGGGUUGAUCUCCUACAUAAUUCAUUUACUUCAUUUGAAUGUUAGAGCCACUCAUGUUUAUUUGUGUUUCUAACUUAGUUUAAAUUUAUUUGUAAAAAGUUACAGAAGAGUGGGUCUUUCCCUCAUGUUCACUCUGGCAUCCUUUAGCAUUUUUCUUUUUAUUUGAUAACUGUAGGUCAUUAGCAUGCAUAUCGAGUUUGCCCUAUGUGGUGGGAGUUCAACCAUGCAAAGACCCACUAUAUGCACAAAACUGUUCUUGGUGGUUUGGAAUAGGCUGCCACGCUUUUUUAAUGUUUUUGCAGAUGUAUAUUCAUUACGGAAUUCAGAUAAAAUUUGCCUAUGUUCUGCUACUAUGUUUGCUUAGAAGGCAACAUUAGAAGGUUAGAGUUCAGCAGGAACAUAGAAUUUUAAAGUGUGAGUUCAACUGAAUAAAUUCGAAUUUCUGUAGGAAGUAAAGAAUCAAAAUGCCUAUUGAAAGACUGCAAUAUAUGAUAAUUAUUUUUAAAGUGUUUGAUUAAACCCGAUAGGUUUUCCCAAAAUGAAAAAAACUGAGUUCUAAAACCAAAGCUGCUUUGUACAAAACAUGAAAAUGUAAAUCACCCCAUCCAUAAUAGCUUUUCUAAAACUUUAUCUUACAGUCACUUUCAAAUAACUAUUCAAAAAUGUAACUGCUGUAUUAAUGUCUUGAAAUAAGUUAAAACAUUUUAAAAUAUGAGCACCAUAGUUUAAAACAAAGAAUCUAGGGGAAGGAAAGGUAGAGAAAGAAAUGCCAAUUCCAGUCCAAAGCUUUAUUUGCCAAGUUUUCUUAGAAUUACUUUUACCAACUUAUGAUUUCUGGUAAACAGAAUGUAUAAUAGAAAUACUGACUUUUGUCUAAAGUGGCAUUCUUGACUGCUUCUGUGAUGCCACUGUAAUGUAAUAAAUUAUGAAAUUGUUGCAAGGUGC